AUGAAGAUCCUGUCAAUGGCACUGUUACUUGUCAUCUCGACGUUGUUUCUAGUCUCAGAGGCAAAAGCUGCAAGACCAUUAAUAGGUAUAAGUGCUAGGAUUGUGACUGAUCAUUUCAAUGGUGAUUUAGGUGUCGCACAGUUGAAGAAGAAGGGCUCAUUCUUUAAGCCAUAUUUUUCUAGCAAGAGAGUAACUCCAGGAGGACCAAAUCCAGAUCAUAAUUCUUAUUCUCUGCCACAUUUUGACAGCAAGAGGGUAACUCCUGGAGGACCGAAUCCAGAUCAUAAUUCCCUGCCACAUUUUGGUAGCAAGAGGGUAACUCCUGGAGGACCGAAUCCAGAUCAUAAUUCCUUACCACAUUUCGGUAGCAGGAGGGUAACGCCAGGAGGACCAAAUCCAGAUCAUAAUACUCUGCCACAUUUUGAUACCAAGAGGGUAACUCUUGGAGGACCCAAUCCAGAUCAUAAUUCCCUAUCAUAUUUUGGUAGCAAGAGAGUAACCCCAGGAGGACCAAAUCCAGACCAUAAUUCUUAUUCUCGACCACAUUUUGGUAGCAAGAGGGUAACUCCUGGAGGACCGAAUCCAGAUCAUAAUUCCUUACCACAUUUCGGUAGCAAGAGGGUAACGCCAGGAGGACCAAAUCCAGAUCAUAAUACUCUGCCACAUUUUGAUACCAAGAGGGUAACUUCUGGAGGACCCAAUCCAGAUCAUAAUUCCCUAUCAUAUUUUGGUAGCAAGAGAGUAACCCCAGGAGGACCAAAUCCAGACCAUAAUUCUUAUUCUCGACCACAUUUUGGUAGCAAGAGGGUAACUCCUGGAGGACCAAAUCCAGAUCAUAAUUCCCUACCACAUUUUGGAAGCAAAAGGGUUACUUCAAGAGGACAAAAACCAGAUCAGAAUUCUCACUUUCUACCACUUUUUGGAAGCAAAAGAGUAACUCCUGGAGGACCAAAUCCAGAUCAUAAUUCUUUUCCAUAUUUUGGUAAGAAGAGGGUAACUCCAUGA